GCUGCAAUGGAGCGCUCGCCGGCGCUACAAUGGAGCUCUCCCAGCGGUCUCACAACUGCUCACAGGCGCUGCAAUGGAGCGCUUGCCUACGCUGCAGUGGAGCUCUCACCGGCGGUCAUGGAGCUGCAAUGGAGCGCUCACCGGCGGUCUCACUACUGCUCGCUGGCGCUCCGGCGCUGCAAUGGAGCGCUUCAUCAGAGGCCUGGACACUGCUCGCUGGCGCUGCAACGAAGCAUCGCCGGUGUUGUGUUGUAGCAUUGCCGAGCCGCCGGAGCAUCGCCGGAGCUGCAAUGAAGCUUCGCCGGAGGUGCCGCGCAUGCAUGUCCUCUGUGCUGCACUGGAGCGCUGCCGCAGCUGCACUGGAGCGUCGCCGGAGCUGCAAUGAAGCUUCGCCGGAGGUGCCGCGCACGCAUGUCCUCUGUGCUGCAUUGGAGCGCUGCCGGGGCUGCAAUGAAGCUUCGGGAGGUGGCACUCGGUGUUGCCUUGGAGCGCUUGCCGGCGGCUCCGGUGCCGGGGGAGGUCGCAGGCGAAGGUGCCACGGCGGAGGUGCUGCGUUGCUCUGCAUCAUCGACGGUUUUCAGAGGAAGCGUGUCUAAUACUCUGUAUUAGUGAAGGAAGGAUCAGACGGCUCUAAUCAAAUCCUGGGCGGACAAUCGGAUGGCUGUUUAGGCGGCUGAUCUUUUUGCAAAGAUCAGCCGGUUGACGCCUAACACCCGCCAAAGUUAAAUACCUUUUGAAACUUCCGAUGUUCAAACUAAUAAUGCACAUUGAUUUUAGGGGUUCAUUGGGUUCUACUGUAAAUGCAACAUAUCUCAAGUACAGGUUGCUUUAUAAUGAUACACA